AUGUCUCAUUUCAGCAGACAGAGUUUCUCCAACAGGUCCCUCUCUAGCUACGGCUCCCGCUCCGUCUCACAGCAAGGCUACUCUAGCUUCGCCAGUGGAGGGGGCGGGGCCAGCAGCUUCGGCCUGGGUGGAGGAAGUCGGGUGGGCGGGGCCAGCAGCUUCGGCCUGGGCAGAGGCAGCGUCGGUUUUGGCUCCACCGGCCUCUUCCUAGGCUUGGGUGGAGGAAGCGGCGGUGGGAGCAUCGUCAGCAGCGGGGGCAGACUGGUUUCCAGUCAGGCACUGGGUCUGGGCACAUCCGUCAGUGCCAGCUCGGUAGGGCUCGGGUUCGGGGCCGGGGCUGGAGGAGCAGGGUUCGGUCUAGGGGGCGGGGCUGGAGGAGCAGGGUUCGGUCUAGGGGGUGGGGCUGGGAUCUGUCUAGGGGGCGGGGGUGGAUUUGGGCUGGGAGGCGGGGAAGGUGCCGGUGCUCUGGUGUUCGUGGCGAGUGAGAAGCAGCAGCUGCAGACCCUGAACAACCGCUUGGCCACGUACCUGGAGAAGGUGAAGCUGUUGGAGAGAACCAACCGUGAGCUGGAGGAGAAACUGAAAGCUUUCACUGCCAACCAGACCCUGGUCACCUAUGAUCUAAAGGGUUAUGAUGCCCAGCUGAGACCACUCCGAGAACAGCUGCUGACACUGUUGCAGGAGACCACACGCAUAGCCCUUGAACUUGACAACACUAAACUGACUCUUGAUGAUUUUAGAGUGAAGUAUGAGAAUGAGGUCAUGCUGAGACAGUCUGUGGAGAGUGAUUUGUCAGGGCUCCGUGUUCUAAAGCGAGACUAUGAGCUGGCCAUCAGCUCCCUGCGUCAGGAUGUACAGGCCCUCACAGACAUGCUAACAACGCUGCAGAAAACCCACGAGCAGGAGGUCAUGACCUUGCGUGGGGAGAUGUCAGGAACGGUGACUGUGGAUGUUAAGGCUGUGGAGAGCACAGAUCUGAGCCGCGUGUUGGCCGACAUCAGGGCAGAGUACGAGACUGUGGUGGAGAGAAACCGCAGAGAGGCAGAGAGCUGGUACACCAAACAGGUGGAGUUGAAGCAGGUGGAGACGGCCCAUGUGACGGAGACAGCUGUAAGUGGAUCGUCUGAGGUGACGGAGAGCAGAAAGGAGUCGCUCACUCUGCAAACACAGCUGGACUCUGUACUUAUAGAGAAAACCAAUAUGGAGCAGCGUCUGGUGGAGGUCCAGGCCCAGUACCAGACCCAGCUGCUGUCCCUGAGUCGGCUGGCGGGCGGCCUGGAGGGGGAGCUGGCCGCGAUUCGAGAGAGAAUCAUGCAGCAGAGCCGAGACUACCAGGUGCUCCUGAGCACCAAGGUCCAACUGGAACAAGAGAUCGCCACCUACAAAACUCUCCUGGAGGGAGCAGGAGAUCUCAGCAGCCUGGCUGCUCUGAGGGUCGCUGGCGUCAGCUCCUCUAGUUCUGAGGUGAAAGUGGGAGGCGUCAGCUCCUCCAGUUCCGAACUGAAGGUCAGCAGCGUGGCCCUCGAAACAAAGGGAUCAUCCGGAAGCGUGGAGGUGGACACGUCAAUGACGUCUGAGGUCACGGUUUCAUCCGAGACAAGGACCAAAGAGCCAGAGGAAACCUCACAGGGUCCUCUGGUCACCUGGGUUCUGCGGUCACCUGGGUUCUCCGGUCACCUGGACCACUGUCUGGUCGGUCUUGUACCGCCUCUCAUCGCCAGAGGAGCUAACGGUUUUUAA